UUGUUCCAAAUGCAUCAUGGGAAACGUGUCUCCUCUCGCUUUCCUAUGUUCUUUUUCCUUUUUUUUCCUCCCUUCAUUUUAUAGCGAGAGAACAACGCUUUAGAGACUCAAGAAUAAAUUCCCAUUUUUAAGCUGCAAUCUUUCGCCAAGUUUUGAAAGGUGAUCAGUAGUAGCCAUGGCCCGUACCAAGCAGACUGCCCGUAAGUCCACUGGAGGCAAAGCCCCACGUAAGCAGCUGGCCACAAAGGCUGCUCGUAAGAGUGCCCCUUCCACUGGUGGUGUCAAGAAGCCCCAUCGCUACAGGCCCGGUACUGUGGCUCUGCGUGAGAUCCGUCGUUACCAGAAGUCCACUGAGCUGCUGAUCCGCAAGCUGCCCUUCCAGCGUCUGGUGAGAGAAAUCGCCCAGGACUUCAAGACCGACCUCCGUUUCCAGAGUGCAGCCAUCGGAGCUCUGCAGGAGGCCAGCGAAGCCUACCUGGUGGGUCUGUUUGAGGACACCAACCUGUGCGCCAUCCACGCCAAGCGUGUCACCAUCAUGCCCAAAGACAUCCAGCUGGCACGUCGUAUCCGUGGAGAGCGCGCUUCAGUAGUAGCCAUGGCCCGUACCAAGCAGACUGCCCGUAAGUCCACUGGAGGCAAAGCCCCACGUAAGCAGCUGGCCACAAAGGCUGCUCGUAAGAGUGCCCCUUCCACUGGUGGUGUCAAGAAGCCCCAUCGCUACAGGCCCGGUACUGUGGCUCUGCGUGAGAUCCGUCGUUACCAGAAGUCCACUGAGCUGCUGAUCCGCAAGCUGCCCUUCCAGCGUCUGGUGAGAGAAAUCGCCCAGGACUUCAAGACCGACCUCCGUUUCCAGAGUGCAGCCAUCGGAGCUCUGCAGGAGGCCAGCGAAGCCUACCUGGUGGGUCUGUUUGAGGACACCAACCUGUGCGCCAUCCACGCCAAGCGUGUCACCAUCAUGCCCAAAGACAUCCAGCUGGCACGUCGUAUCCGUGGAGAGCGCGCUUAAAAUGUUCUCUCUUCCUCUCGAUCUUUUCCCUUCUCACCUCUUCCUGCCCUUCCUUCACCAUUCUGUCUCUCCGUCCCUCUGCCCCUCACUUGCUCCCUCUCUCCCUGUGUUAGUAGUGCGUAGAAGAAAACUGAUUAUAUUAUAAUUAAAGUGUAUAGUUGUGUUUUUCUUAGUGCUCUCAACAGCAGACUUCUAGGGUACUCUCUUUUUGUGCAUGUACUGACUCUUUGGUGAUGAGAUCUCCUCAAGCGCACAUCUCCUACUUUGCACUGUUUCUGACUUGUGAGGGAGGGGAUAGUUCAUGGAUACAAUAAGGAGUAAAACAAUGCAAAUCUGGAAGGGACAAACAGGGGAAGAGGAUGGGUAUUUAGCUGCUGGGGAGACUCUCUUUUCUGCAGCAGGGUGCUAGAAGAACUUGCCUGAUCCUCCUCUCCUGUUUCCAGUCCUCUUCAAGCCUCCACUCCAAAUCGAGAACAAACCAUGUUGGUCUGUGCUCAUGAAAGCUCAGGCUGGAUGUUUGGUCCCUGUGUGUGUCUGCAUGAGUGUCAGUUCUUAUCACCACAGCAACGUCGUAUACAGUCUAUCAGCAUUUUUGGAGGAGUUGAUUUAUGAUUACAAUAUUGAUCAUUGCUCUUAUUUGUCAUGUUAGAUUUCCUUUCCUUCCAAAUCGGUCUCACAUGGGAUUUUGUUUGUUUGUUUUGUUUAUUUUUUACAUCAAACCAUUUGUGGAUGACACAGACAUUGGGGGAUGAAUCAGAUUAAAACACAGAGAACAAAAAUGCGGAUUUGAAAUAUAUUUUCUACUAGAGUGUGAUGCUACUGACUCCGUCUGACACCAAAGUUUGAUUUUCUUGUAGGCGCUUGAUGAGUUUAACCUCACCUGUUUUUGUGGUGUUCAAAUUGGUUUCAUCUAAUUAUUUAAAGCCAAAGCUUGAGAGCUUAACGGUGUCAGAGAAACUUUUUUAGCAGUUUUUUAAUAAAGGACCUUUUUAUAGCAAAGGUUCAUCGAGGUUUGUAAUGUUCUCUAAAACCAAAAGUUCUCAAAGUGUAAAAAGACUUUUUUAAAAAACAAAAUAACAGAUUAAAAUGUGAAGAUGUAUUCUAAAUCAGUGUUACGUGACUAAUAAUACUAGUCAUGUUUUCUGUACACGUCCCCCCUGUGCUUCUGUUGUUUUAUUUCUCUGGAUCCAGUACACCUUUUCUCAGGUUGUCUUGCCACCCUUUUAACUUAAUUUUAAUUUUUCUUUUUUUUUGCUCAGUUUGAUUUUCUUUUUUUGAAAUGUUGAGGAAAUGUUUCAAUUAAACAAUGUUUGUAAUUUCCAGAUUUGUCAUAUAAGGUGGUAAUAAAUGGAUGUUACACA